GUGAUCGAAUAGAUCGAUUCGAUCGCCAUAUGGACAGGCGUGUACGCAAGCGGGACGGAAAUCCUGACGAGCGGGAGAAACCAGAAGACUGUAAAGAAACAAACAAAAAAGGAGGGGAUAAGCAGACGGGCGCGAUCGUGGAGUCUGGAAUUAAUAUUUCUACACAAUGCACCACCGAUACUUCGACAUGUCGAUCGAUCGGCGGUGGAUGGCAUAUACGGCGCAAAGUUUAAAAUAGCCCUUAGGAUUGUAAUUUUAAAAACGAAAAAUGCGUUGGAUCUUGUUGUUGACAUUAGUGCGUGCAAUAUGGUGCGCGCACGGCGCCUGCGAGCCGAUCAGAAUCGAAAUGUGUCGCGGUCUCGGCUACAACGUUACUGUCAUGCCGAAUCUAGUCGGUCACGAAAUCCAAGGCGAUGCUGAUUUUACUUUACAGACGUUUAGCCCGCUUAUUCAAUAUGGAUGCAGCGCGCAAUUGCAUCUAUUUCUGUGCUCGGUAUAUGCACCAAUGUGCACCGAAAAGGUUCCCGCACCCAUCGGACCUUGCCGAGGUUUAUGCGAGCAAGUACGAGCCCGUUGCUUUCCGGUGCUUCAGGGAUUCGGCUUCCCUUGGCCUGCUGCAUUAGAUUGUUCCAAGUUUCCACCGGAAAACAAUCACCAACACAUGUGCAUGGAAGGACCGGGCGAACCUGGGCCAGCUAAUCCUAUUCAGGCGAUGAGCGGCAGCAAUGGACCCUGGGGCUGUUCCUGGUACGCUAAAUCUGGAUUGUACAUCUUCUUGAAUCGCUCUGGAAGAUGCGCCGCCGCUUGCGACGCCGACAUUCUAUGGUCCCAAAAGGACAAAGUGCUUACAGAGGCCUGGAUGGUUGUAUUCACGACGGUAUGCCUCAUUUCCAUCGUGAUAGCUAUCUUCACACUUCUAAAGCCGCGUAAACAGCCUGUACUGACCACUACCGCAGAACGUGCAAUAGUAUUCUUGACGAUCUGCCAUGCGAUAGUUGCAAUCGGUUAUGUGAUCCGACUGGCCGCUGGCCGGCUGAAUGUCGCCUGCACACCCGCGAUUCCGCUGCAUCCGCAGGAGCAAACUGUCCUAGCCCAACAGCAACAACAGUACCUUACGCAAGACGGUUUAGCUAAUCCUUACUGCGCUGUCGUUUUUCUAUUACUCUAUUACUUUGGAAAUGCUGCAAUUGUUUGGUGGGUUGUGAUAUGCGCGUGGUGGUGCAUAAUGGCCAGAAAGUGGACGAAGACGACCGGCAACUGCAAGGAAGAUAGUUUAGGACAAGGAUUCUCAACCAUCGCCGCCGUCUUGGCUUGGGGCUUGCCCGCCACGCACACUAUUGCUGUACUGGUUACAAGAGAUGUCGAUGCCGAUGAGUUGACCGCAAGUUGCUUUGUUGGUCAACAGAAUACGCACUCUCUACUCGUAUUAGUACUAGCUCCGCAAUUCAUUUACCUAUCGUUCGGCGUAACGUUUCUGUUGGUGGGUUUAGCGUCAUUGACACUGCUACAACGUCCAACGGUGACACCGAUGUCGACAUCGGCACCAUCAUCGCCACCGGCGACGGCGGCGGCUGCAGCAUCUACGAUGACGACAGCAGUUUUAACGACAUUAACGACGUCUCAUACGAAUCCGCUGAUGCGUCAGCAGCGCGAGAUAUCCGGUAAAUCAUCCCCGGCCGAGAUUCAUCGGCGACAGAAGCAGCUGUUGAUCCGCGUUGGCAUAUUUGGCUGUCUUUACGCCGUUUUGAUAAUCUGCCUCGUCGGUAUAACUUUUUACGAAUGGUGGAGCAGAGAAACAUGGCUCCGAGCACCGGAACCAUCCACGACGCCGCGUGUGCCCGCUCGACCCGUGUUACAGUUCUUCAUACUGCGGCUGGUGUUGACUCUUGGCGCCGGGGUGAUGGCCUCCGCGUGGAUCUGGUGGCCCGAAAUAAUGAGCAUUUGUCGCAAACUGUCGCAUUGCAAACAACCGCCGCACAAAUGUCACCCGGUACCUGUCGUGCAUUGUUACAGCACUGGUACCGCUAGUCCCGUACCUCACCAGAUUCAUCAUCUCAGUCAUUUGACGCCAUCGCAACAUCCUUUGUUACAUCAACAUACAAUAGCGAAUUCGCAAAUGCCUCAUAGAAACUAUAAAAAAUAUCGGAAACAUCGAAAACAUCAUUCUGGCAGCGAGACGCAAGUUUGAAUGGCAAUCGCAAUUGCGCGUCGUUCGUUGUUGAUCACAAAGUGCCUUAAACACGUCAUUUAAAACACGUGUAUUUAGCUUAUAAAGUGAUACGAGCGUAACGUAUCCUUUGCCAAUUUCAUAUGUGCGUAAAGUCAUCCGUUUUAAUUUAAGUUAUUUUUAUCGUAUUGUCCAUUUCAUAAUUUUCCAUUAAUACAUUCAUUAAGUUCAUUCCAUGUUUACAAAUUUAAUGACGUUUCUCUUUAUCGAUUUAAGAUAGAAUGAAAGAACGUGUGACGAAGGAAUUCUCAUGGUAAUUUUGCAGAUUUAUUGGAAAAUGCGUUUAUUAUUAAACUGCUGUAAAUAAUGCGUCUCAUUGAAUUUAUUUGCUGUAAUAUUCGUGGAGAUGAGAAAACGGAGGGUGCUAAAUUUAAAUUUGGAAGAAUAGUGGUCGGAAGGGAAGAAUGCGUUCAAUUCGGUUUUCUAUGGACGUGCAAUGCCGUGAUCGUGUAAACGCAUAUGUAUAUAAAAUAUCACGCAUAAAUCUCGUAUAAUCAUGUAGAUAAAUUUCACUUUAAUUCUGUGAUGUAUAAUUUUCGAUGCGAUCUUUUUAAUCCAUGUUAAAAAAAUAAAUUCUAUUCCAUGUACAAAGUUUACUUCAUUAUAUUAAUAUACUCUUUUUCUUUUUUGUUCUCAAAAAUUAUUUUUGCAUUAUACGAGAAAAAAAAAUUUUUAAAUGAAAAUGAUUUGAUGUGAUAACGACGGAAUUAUUCAGAUUGAUUAAUAUAGAUAUUUAAAAAAAAAAUAUAUAUUUUUUUCUCCUUAUAAUUGUAUAAAAUAUUAAUAAAUUACUCUCCUUCUCUCUCCUUUAAUUAUUUUAAGGAAAUCAAGAGCAUAUAUGUCAUCUUCACUUUUGGAAAUAGA